GACAGUUCACACCUGUUACCCGUUCGUGUAGGAAAAUCGAUGUCAUUUUCUCCACUAAUUGAGUCAUCAGACUUUGGUAAAUAAGGUCCUAAAGAUAUUUAUUUUAGAUUGUCUCCAGAAAAUUUUACGCUUGAGUGAUUAUGAUAAUUUCUCACGUUCAUCAUGGUGUGAACAUCGUUUUAUCGGGAGUUUGCUGUUUGAGUGGUAUUUAUGGGAAUCUCUCAGUUGUGUGUGUGUGUAGAAAUUUGGAUACUGGCUUAUAUAUCAAUACAACAGACACGCUACGCUGAUCGGCCAUGAAAUCGCCCAACCGUGACGCACUCCGCAGGUAUAGAUAUCCUUGUAAUGGUGCUUGGUCAUGUGAGACUGUACGAAGCUGACUGGAUCCAAUUAUAUUCCAUUAGCACAAAACAUUGUAAAGAUGCAGAUGACUUUGAGCACCAGACCAUAGCAUUCAGCUUGCCAGGGAAACUGGGGAAAUAUGAAGGGUGUCAUGCAUUUUUUAUAAGUUGUAUGAUUUGUGGGGUAUAACAGGGUAGGUGAGACAGUUACAACCGACCCUGUCGUAGAUGUAAGAGGACUGCGAAGGCCGUGUGACAGAAUUUUGGAGUACUUUGUCUAUAUAAACCUUGUCAUUUUCAGUGUUACACGUCCACCAUCAGUGUCUGCGUCAAAAGUUAUCAUAAUACAUACAUCUAUUCUGGACCACGCAUACGUUUGACUGGAUUACUGAUUUAUACCUAUGCAACAAACAUUAUCUUCACCAAGAUUCAGUAUCUGUCUGAGAAGCCUCCUUCCCGUGUGAUUAUUGUGGUUAAGGUAGAAAUCGUCGCAGUGCGUGAUAUUUGUAGAAUGGCAAAACUCUAAAUUCAAUUCUCAAUACUUAACGAGCACAUGUGUGACAAUCUGCUGUUACCCGACCAAGGACUAACAACGAUUGUCAAAGACUGUUGGGAGUCUAGACGUUAAUUUCAAAUUUGUGAAAACAUCCUCUUGGAACGAAAUUUUCGGGAAAUUUACGAGACAUUUCCGUUAGAACUAUCCUGUUGACACGAUGAGCUUCUGUCCUUACGACUUAAGCACCUUGAAGGUGCGGACCUUAUUUGUCAGUGGUCUUCCCAUGGACGCAAAACCCCGUGAAUUAUACCUGUUAUUUAGGACCUACGAGGGUUACGAAAAUGCUUUGUUAAAGGUGAUGGGAAAACCUGGCAAAAAUAAUGCAGUAAGUAAUCCUGUAGGAUUUGUUACAUUCAACACAAGGAAAGCUGCAGAAGCAGCGAAGGCUGACUUACAGGGUGUCCGAUUUGACCCCGACCUUCCACAGCUGUUGAGGUUAGAGUUUGCAAAGAGCAACACGAAAGUCACCAAGCCUAAGCAGCAGAGUCCACAGCCAGCGGCCACACACCCCACACUGAUCCACCCAAUCACAGGACAAGAGUUAGGAACAGCUACGUUUUUCCCCAGCGCACCUGAGGCAUGGGCGCCGCAUCCUUUAGCGGCCUAUCCUGACAUGACGCAGAGUGCUGCUAUCCACCAGACAGCCGCACUUAUCCACCAUCCCGCCCUCGCACAAGUACCGGUACGGGACACCUGGCUACAGCAAUUGCCCCAGGACUGGUACCACCAACUCACUCAGAUUCACCACCCUGCCAUGAUGGCCCCCUCUGCUGUGUCGGCCGCCUUGCCACACCCCCCUAUUGCCGCCACGCCUAUCUUAACUAGCCCUAUUAGCACGAUGAGCACCACACCUGCCGCAGCAGUGGCAACGUCGAGCCCGGGGUUGGCGCUGACACCGAACAACACACCAUGCUCCACGCUGUUCGUGGCCAAUCUAGGCCAAUUCUCCUCUGAACAGGAACUAAAGGAUCUGUUUAGCAGUUUCCAGGGUUUCAGCCGGCUAAGAAUGCAUAACAAGGGUGGAUCGCCAGUGGCGUUUGUGGAAUUCCAGGAUGUUAGACAAGCUUUGGAGGCCAAGAGCAGACUACAAGGUUUUGUACUGUUAUCGUCAGACCGUGGAGGAAUUCGUAUAGAAUAUGCAAAAAAUAGGAUGGGGGAGGUCGUGGGACAGAACGAGAUUUUAGGUUCUCCCAUUUCUCCAAAUUCUGCCUUCUGAGAAAAAAAUAUUUCUACGGAUGUCUCCAUGGUUACCAUAAACUAUAUACGAUUUGUUUCUUCACUUGUUGUCUGCUCAUGGAUGCCAUGGUGUUGCCAUGGAUACCAAAGUCUUGUUGCCAGCCUGGAAUUUGUUGUUUUGUCUCUUUCAUGUUUUUUUUUAUUAUUUGUUCCUUUUUUUUAUAAAUAUUGCAGUCAUUGGCUGUUACCAUAGUAACAUGCCUGACAACGUAUUUGUUAGUUAGGGACUAUAGUUGUUAUUCCUAGAAAUGUAGUAAAUAUCAUUCUAACGAGUCGUCGGUGUAUUAUGCAGUAGUAAGCCUAGUGGUAUUUAUAUACAAAAUUUAUGCAUGUAAUUGUACGAUACUACGAUAGAGCUACGGACCUUUUUUCGACAGUGUGAUGUUUAUAAUAUUGUAUAUUGUACAUGUGUUGAUAUUUAAUAGGUAUCAAAUGGUGUAUUUUGUAAAAUAAGAAAAUAAUGAAAUGCAAUUUUUCUCAUGUUGAUGUGUUUUCAUAAUGAAUGUAGUUUUCCAUCUUGUUUAACUUGCAUUCCUGUUUUAGGUAGGUGGAACAAUCCAGUCUGUAAAUGUAGACUAGCGAUAACUGGAUCGUUCCAUUUUACAGUAGGGAAAUUGUAGUUUCAAGAUGGUUGACAUUUUUUGUCUUUAUACAUAAAAUGUAAAAAAAAUGUGAUUUUGUAAAAUUUCAUAUCUAUGUUAGUGUUUCCCAUUGGCUCUUUUCCGUCCAAUCAAAUCUUGACAUAUCUGCGGUGCAGGGCAUAUCCACAUUUUAACGAAUAUGAAUAAAGGCCUUUUUAACGUAAUGUGUUCAGAAUGUAUAAAAACACAGCGUUGUGCAAAUAAAUUGGGAAACCAACUUUGUUACUCUAUAAAUACACCGACACCAUUGAUUGGUUGUAUAAGUUAACCUUUAACCUAUGACUUUGUUUGGCGUUACCAUGCACUAAAAUGCACACAAUAGGUAUGCUAUCAUAUAAACAUACCAAAAUCACAACACUGUUAUACUAUACAGCAAGUGAAAGGUUGUGGAAAUGUAUUUCAUCUUUAAAGCAGACGUUUAAAAAACAUUGCUUGAAAAUAUGUUUUAGAGUAGUUUACGCUGAAGGACACAUACUAUUUUACCUUCCAGGGAAAAGACAAUAUGUAAGACCCUCUUUCCCUUAAUUUAUAUACCAGAUCGAAACCUGUCAUCAAUAUCAAUUUACAGUCAUGAACGUUGUAAUUUAUUGUAUAAUUAGCACUCAAAGCAUUUAACGAUCCCCGUACCACAGCAACAGAACUGAAACCAUACAUUGCUAACCUUGUAAUAUUCUAUCGUUAUUUAGAUUGGAUAUUUUUUAAAAGAAAACUACAAUGUGGGACAUUUAUGUAAAAUUAGAAUUAAGGAAUAAACAACAAUGUUAUGAGUGUAAGAAAGCAACAGGGUCAAAGCAGGAUUCGAACCCUAGACCUCGGACUGUUAUACUGUCUCUCUAACAAACUGAGACGCCAACUCAAUGAAAGUGCCCAGGCCAAAUCGCUCUACACUGUAUGAACAAAAAAUAAUUAAGGGUAGGUUACUCUAUAUACAGUGGAGUUCUCUAGCCUGCAGUGAGACUGGAAUCCUUCAAUUACAACUACUUUUACAAGUUGUGCUAGGCUAUUAAAACACUAUUGGAAAAUGUUAUCUGUAAAAAAACUGAAUAAUAUUUCCAUUCGAACGGUAACAUUUUAAUAUUUUGUUCCACACGUUUUGAUAAUUGGCUGUUUUCUGAAAAACCUUUACAGAAGUAGAAUAGUCCAAGCAUAGUGCAAUGGAAUGUUGGAAGGGUCUAUUGAACCAAACUAAAGGGGAAGCUUGACUGUCAGUUAUAUAAGUUAUAUAAGUUAGGCUUCCAUAUCUGUUUUACCUGUUAGUGAAAUUGAACAGUACAACGAAUUGAUGCAACUUAAGUUUGAUGCAAUAUUGACAGAAAACACAAUGUGUUUGUCUCAUUAAAUAUGGCAAGUGACAGUAGAAGUUUGGGUAGCAAAACUCUAUGUAUAUAUCAACAGUACUCUCAUAAUGCAAAAAUAAUACUACAUUUUGCACAAGAAGAUCAAACGUAUUUAUAUUCAUCACUAAAUUAUUAACUUAAUAUGAAAUUUUAAUGUGUUGUUGACACUUUAUUAGUGCUGGUUUCAGUAAAUACAAGCUAUUAGGUUUGUGUUCUACAAAAUAAACUCGCUGUGCAAUAAAAGUCGGUCCUUUUGCCUUCAUACCUUACACUUUUUUUAUCAAAGUAAUAUUUCCAAUGACCUUUUCUACGUUCUUUAAUCUUCAUAAAUCAUUUUCUUUUCCAAUGGAAAAUACCAGAGGGAGAAAAACACUUAUUAUAUUGAAUGUUAUGCAAAACCCACGAUAUCAGGAGACCCGGUGUCAAUCUUAUAGUUCCAUGGCUGGGUUGAUCUUACGUCAGGUGAAGAAUGGUAGGACGGAAAGAUGGACAGAAAUAUUUGCUAGAGGUCGGACUUUAAAACGUGUUAAUUAAAGGUUAAAGGCUAUUGAUUUAUUGAUAACUUAACAAGGUAUUUAUAUAGGUUCUUGUUCAAGCAGUUGUACAAUGUGCUAUUUAUAAGACACCAAGGGGCCAGUUGUUUCAAUCCUGAUUGGAUAAUCAAGUCAUAAAUGCAAUUGUUUUUGCAAAAUCUGAAAAUUAAUAACUUUUAAUAUUUUCUGUGUUCAGACGACCAUUUUGAAUUACUUAACAUACGUUUGAUUUGAAUUUUAAUAUUGGGGAAAAAAAUAUAUAGAUAAACGUUAAGUCGUUUAUGCUUAUAAGAUUUGGAAACGUUUGGUAAAUAACUUCCCCGGAUUACUUUGUUUAAACUGUUUCAACCCUUGAACCUUUGAUAAAGUAAGUUCUUGAUUUUUAGGUUUUAUUACUGGUUAUCACCAACCUGCUAUUUUGAGCUUAAAUUUACUUCAAUAUGAAUUUGUUUUGAUGAUAAUUAUUCAUGUAAAGAAUUUGUGAAAGUAUUCACAGAGCAGGAGAACAGGAGGUUGUUAUUUAAUAUAUCCACAUAGCAACACGUUGUGUGACACACUUGUUGUGAUAUUUUUACCAUGACCGUUAUUUUGUUUUGCAGAUUUAAAUUGAUUUUAAAAAAUCGCGGACCAAUGAAAUUCAUAACGAACAACAUUUCCAUCAGAUAAAAUGACUUAAUUGAUUGUUAAUUAUUGAAUAGUUGUAGUUGCUAAGCAACACUAUAUAAUCGGUUUAGAUCAAUAAGGUGUAAAUAUUCAUUUUAGAAAUAGAGUUGAUUCAUUUUAAAUCAGAUUGGUCAAAAUUAUAACAAACCGACACGGAAAUGUUAAUCCAAUGCAUUUUGUUCGACACUUUCGCCUUUUAUCAAUAUUCCCCACUAGUAAGAAUUGGGUGUAUAGAGCAGCACCGUUUAAAGAUUUAAAAUAAUUUAUGCACUUUUUUUCCUAAAUCUUCGAUUUUUAUAUAAAAGUUUGUUAAAAUACAAUGCUCUGCCCAGUUUUGCAUUCAGGGAAACCACUAACGAUCACACGAAGAGCCCCAUGUCUGUAUUAGUUCAUGUAUGUUAUUCUUCAAGACGAAGAUAAAAAUAAUUAAAUGCUUCAACGAUAAUUUCUCUGUAAAUUGUUUUAUAAACUGUGUAACAUUCCAGGUUGUUACGAUGACACUAGAUACAGUGUAUAAAUGGUUGUUAUAGCGACACUAGAUACAGUGUAUAAAGGGUUGUUAUAGCGACGCUAGAUACAGUGUAUAAAGGGUUGUUAUAGC